AAAUAAAUUCAUGAAAAUCUGUAACUAACUAGCUGUUCAGAUUUACUGUUUUAAGUAGGGGACUUUGAAUAAUCUCUUAUUUUUUUCACUUGCAGAUUAUUAAAUACUUUUGUCCUACUUAUAAUAAUUUACAUUAAAGGAGCAAGUUGGCAUCACACUUCACCCCCAAAAAAAAGGUACCAUAAAAAAUCCAUUCUCAUUCAAUCCACAAAGCAGAAAACCAGUUAUAAAUUCAUUGUCAGUAACUCAAAUCUCAUUUUCACAUUUCUUCACACACUCUUUCUAGCUUCUUCAUUUCAUAUGUAACUAUAUCUUGUAUUUUGAGAUAGAGUCACAAAAAAAAGCUAUAUAAAAGUGAUUAUUAACAAUGGUGGUGAAAAAGCCAAAGAUUGUGAUAAUUGGAGCUGGAAUGGCAGGCUUAACAGCUGCAAAUAAGCUCUAUACUUCAACAGCUUCAAAGGACUUAUUUGAACUUAUUGUUGUAGAAGGUGGAACAAGAAUUGGAGGAAGAAUCAACACAUCAGAAUUUGGUGGUGACAAGAUUGAGAUGGGAGCAACAUGGAUCCAUGGAAUUGGUAAUAGCCCAAUUCAUAAAAUAGCUCAACAAACAAAUUCACUUCAAUCUUCACAACCUUGGGAAUGCAUGGAUGGUAAUAACAAUGAUGAAUCUAUCAUAACAAUUUCUGAAGGUGGUUUUCAUCUUCAAUCUUCCAUUGUUGAUCCUAUUUCAAAGCUUUUCAAAUGUCUCAUGGAUUACUCACAAGGAAAACUCACUAAAGAAUCUGCAAAAGGUGAAAUUUCUAGUUACUACAAAAUAGCUACAAAAGCUUCUUCUAGUUCAAACUUUGACUCUAAGAAGAAUCUUAGUAUUGGUUCUUUCUUGAGACAAGGUCUUGAUUCUUACUUUGAAUCAAUGAAAGAGCAAGAAGAGGUAAAAGGGUGUGAAGAUUGGAACAAUUGGAACAAAAAGUUGCUUCAAGAAGCUGUUUUUGCAAUGUAUGAGAACACAGAAAGAACUUAUACAUCAGCUGGUGAUUUAGAGAGUUUAGAUUAUGAAGCUGAAAGUGAGUAUAGAAUGUUUCCUGGUGAAGAAAUCACAAUUGCAAAAGGCUAUUUGAGUAUAAUUGAAUCUAUAGCUUCUGUUUUACCAAAUGGUUUAGUUCAAUUAGGUAAAAAAGUCAAAAAAAUUGAAUGGCAAACACAAAAAAAAAGUGAUUAUGAUGAUCAUAGUUUUAGACCUGUUAAGCUACAUUUCUAUGAUGGAUCUGUUAUGUAUGCAGAUCAUGUUAUUGUUACUGUUUCACUAGGUGUUUUAAAAGCUUCAAUUUCUCAUCAUCAUGAUGAUGAUGAUGAUGAUGGUGAUGAUGAAGAUGAAAAAAAAGGUAUGUUUUUUUGUCCUAAGUUACCAUCUUUCAAAGUUGAAGCAAUUUCAAGACUUGGUUUUGGUGUUGUUAACAAGUUGUUUAUACAAAUGAAUGAUGAAAAUUCAAAAGGGUCAUUUCCUUUUCUUCAAAUGGUGUUUCAUUCAUCUCAAAAUGAAACAAGAGAUAAGAAAAUACCAUGGUGGAUGAGGAAAACAGCAACACUUUUUCCUAUUUACAAAAACUCAAGUGUUCUCUUAUCUUGGUUUGCUGGUGAAGAAGCAUUAGAACUUGAAUCACUUAAUGAUGAAGAAAUAAUGAAUGGUGUUUCAGCAACAGUUUCAAACUUUUUACCUCAUUCAAGUUCAAUUAGUAAAGUUUUGAAGAGUAAAUGGGGGAAAGAUCCUUUGUUUUUAGGAUCAUAUAGUUAUGUUGCAGUUGGCUCAAGUGGUGAAGAUUUAGAUACAAUGGCUGAACCGUUGCCAUUGAUGAAAGAUAGCAACAAUAGCAGCAAUGGCAACAGUUUUUCAUAUCCACUUCAAAUUUUGUUUGCAGGGGAAGCAACUCAUAGAACUCAUUAUUCAACAACUCAUGGAGCUUAUUUCAGUGGUCUUAGGGAAGCUAAUAGGCUUCUUCAACAUUAUCAUUGUGUUGGGAUUUUUAAUAAUUAGUAUUAUUUUAUUUUUGUUUUUUUAAAUUUUUGAAUAUUAUUAUUAAUCUCUAUGAUAUUAUUAUUCCCAUUUUCAACUUAAAAAAGGUAUUUGUUGUUUCUGUAUAAGAAAAGUAGUAGUGAGUGAUUGGGAAAAAAAAUCAAUAUUAGAAGGGUCAAGAUGAAUAGUGAAAAAAUGGAGACAUGCAUUAAGCUUGAUUGUACUAUUUGAAUUAAAGUUUCUCCAAAUAUUUAUUCAUCUCUUCA